GUGGGUGGACCCGGCAGCCUCGCCACGCCUCCCGCCAUCCCGGACGAUCCAGCGGGAUCCGGCACGGCGAGCAUCACACCCGAGCUCCGGGGACGGAGGCCACGGAGAGCCGCGGGCCAUGGCAGGAAAAGCCCACAGGCUAAGCACGGAGGAGAGGGAGCAGCUGCUGCCAAACCUGCGAGCCGUGGGGUGGAAUGAGGUGGAAGGAAGAGACGCCAUCUUCAAAGAGUUCCACUUCAAGGACUUCAACCGGGCCUUUGGCUUCAUGACCAGAGUGGCUCUACAGGCAGAAAAACUGGAUCACCAUCCCGAAUGGUUCAAUGUGUACAAUAAGGUUCACAUCACCUUGAGCACCCACGACUGCGGGGGUUUAUCGGAGCGAGACAUCAACCUGGCCAGCUUCAUCGAGCAGGUGGCAGCUUCCCUCUCCUGACCAGGGACACAGGCAGCCAAAAACCCACUGUGCUGUUGCAUCCUGUCUAGAUGGCUGCACACAGAGCCUUUUCCCACUUCCAAGCUAGAUCCUGGAUCCAGACAACGCAGCAACUCCCCAGCAUGGCUCAGAUGGAUGGAGGCACUUCUCAUGGUGCACGUAUCCAUCUUGCAAAUUGCAUCCUUACACCCUUCCUCAGCAAUGUGAUCCCAAACCCCCAACUACUGAGCCUCUUACCAGGAGUCAGUCAUAUCAGAGUCACAGGAUGAUUUGGGUUAGAAGGGACCUUAAAGAUCACCUUGUUCCACCCCCUGCCAUGGGCAGUGACACCUUCCAGUAUCCCAGGUUGCUCCCAGCCCCAUCCAAACUGGCCUUGAACACUACCAGGGAUGGGAUAGCCAUAGCUUCUCUGAGCAACCUGUGCCAAGGCCUCACCACCCUCACAGGGAAGAAUUUCUUUCCAAUAUCCCAUCUAAACCUAUUUUGUAUGAAUCCAUUCCCUUGUCCUGUUACUACAUGCUCUUGUAAAAAAAUCCUUCUUGUUUUUUGCCAGUCCCUUCAGGUACUGGAAGGCUGCAAUUAGGUCACCCCAAAGCUUCUCUUCUCUGGGCUGAACAAUCAGAAUUCUCUCAGCCUUUCCUCAUAGCAGAGGUGCUCCAUCCCUCUCAUCCCUAAUCAUCUUGGUGCCUCCCCUGGCCUCUCCAACAGGCUGAUGUCCUUCCAGAGUCAAGUUACACCAUUGCACCAGUAAAUCUGUCCAGAGCCUGCCCCCAGUCCAGCCCCUGUUGUUGCUCCUUACCUCCUGGAAUGUGCUUUCUGCCUAAAACAUGUUUUGUGAACCCUUUGGCUUUUCUGUAACCAAGCAGCAAGGUGCUGUGCAAUUUGUCAUUGCUGUAACCCAUCUCUAGCAGUAUUACAUCAGGCACAUGGUCUCAUCCCAACUGGAGCCAGCCUGUAGUAGAAUACCAACUGAAAAUGUUUACAAUAAACAUCUCGUUUAACCCGAUGGCUCUUUGGAAAGAGGCCUCACUGAUCAAAUGACACCAACAGGUUUUCCCAAGGGCAGGUACUGCCCUGACUGCUCUCAAGAAGGUGCUUCUGCCACAAAAAAACUUCACACAGAAAUGGCAGCUGCCUUCACCUCAGAGUGACUGGGGUCGGAAAGACAAAGAGAUGAUCAAAGCCAGGGCAGGUAAAAACUGCUUGUAUAAAUCACAGCUGUGCCACAGCCAAGGCACAAACACAGGCAAAGUACAACCAAAAGGCACAAAAGCAACACUGCACCAGGGCAGGGGCUGCUUAGGGUGGCAUACUUCCUAAGAAGAGGUUUUGGGUAGAUUUGGUGGUCCAAGAUCUCCACUGAUAAAAUGAACAGAACAAUCUCAUGUGAAACCAACACCAUUUGCUUUCAGCACAACAGUCUGAGGAAAAACACUACAAACACUCAGUUCAAGUUUUUGGUUUUUUUCUUCUUUUAACCCUUUAAA